UCCCGAGAGGGCCGGUGGGGGCUGGGAGCGGGCGCUAGGGUUGUGGUGGCCGGAGGCGCCUGGGCCGCGAGGUCGACGCCUGUGGCUGAGGCGGCCGAGGCCAAAGGACCCGCCGCGGCUCGGUCUCCAGAGAGGGAGGGCUCCGCUGCCGCCGCCGCCCGGCCGGUGCCCGGUAAAAUCAGUCUAGAGAAUCGAUGGAAUUUGCCCCAAGUGUUGCACCCAGCAAGCUGGCAGUAAGGACCCGGGUACUGGCGGAUGGGGAUGGCGGUUCUCACUCUCUGUGCGUGAAGGACAGAGCCCCUGGACUGCCAGGUUCCCGACCAGGGAGGAGGAGGAGGAAGAGAACUCCAUCUGCUGGGGCCUGAGUGUGGCCUGGGGGACAGGCCAUCGUCCCAGAAUGCCCCUGCCGGAGCCCAGCGAGCAAGAGGGCGAGAGUGUGAAGGCUGGCCAGGAGCCAUCCCCGGAGUCCCCUGAGCCAGGCACAGAUGUCAUUCUUGCAGUCCCCACAAAGCCCAAAGAGUUCUCCAAACUGGUCCUGCUGACGGCCUCCACGGAGAACGUGGAUGGGGUGGACUCCCAGCCCAAAGGAGGGCACUGUGGCAUGUCCCUGGAGAUGUCUGGUCCUGACGCACUGGCCAGGACCCCCCAGAUCCUUCCAGUGGAGGAGCAAGUGGGGGCAGUCCAGCCAACCCCCCAGGCCCCUGAGCAGACAUGCAGCAAGCCAGAUACAGCAGCCCCCAAGCCCCUGGAGUUCCUGAGGACCCCAUUCGGGGGCCGCCUCCUGGUGCUCGAGUGCUUCCUGUACAAGCAGGAGAAGGCAGUGGGGGACAAGGUCUACUGGAAGUGCCGUGAACACUGUGAGCUGGGCUGCCGGGGCCGGGCUAUCACCCGAGGCCCACGGGCCACAGUGAUGCGGGGCCACUGCCACCCGCCCGACGAGGAGGGUCUGGAGGCGCGGCGCCGGAGACAGAAGCUGCCCGGCCCAGCCCUGCCUGAAGGCUUCGGGGUUCCGGAGGGCCCUCGGGGCCGAGUGGAAGAGCCGCUGGAAGGGGUGGGCCCAUGGCUGUGCCCUGAGGAGCCAGAGCCCACCCCCAGGUUGGUGCUGAGCAAGCCGGCCGCAGAGGAGGAUGAGGGGCUGCGAGCCCUGUCACUGCUGAGCUUGCCCCCCAAGAAACGCCCGACACUGGGGAUCGGAGAACCCCGGCCCCUGGAAUUCCUGAGGACGUGCUAUGGGGGCAGCUUCCUGGUGCACCAGUCCUUCCUCUACAAGCGGGAGAAGGCCGUGGGGGACAAGGUCUACUGGACGUGCCGGGACCAUGCACUGCACAGCUGCCGCAGCCGGGCCAUCACCCAGGGCCAGCGGGUGACCGUGAUGCGGGGCCACUGCCACCCGCCUGAUGUGGAGGGCCUGGAAGCCCGGCGGCAGCAAGAGAAAGCCAUGGAAACGCUGCAGGCCCGGCCUGGUGGGCCUGGGGGCCAAGUGGACAAGCUGCUCCAAGGCGUGGAUGGCCUGCUCUACCGCAGGGGGCCGGGGACUCUGACUCUCACCAGAGCCCGGCCUAGGAAGCGCACAAAAGUCCUUCCGGCCCAGCCCCAGGCCCUGCAGGGAUACCGCACUGAGGACCAGGACGAGGACCCCGGAGGCCCUGAUUUCUUGAGGACCCCUCUGGGGGGCAGCUUCCUGGUGUACGAGUCCUUCCUCUACAGGAGGGAGAAGGCGGCCGGGGAGAAGGUGUACUGGACGUGCCGGGACCAGGCCCGCAUGGGCUGCCGCAGCCGGGCCAUCACGCAGGGCCAGCGGGUGACCGUGAUGCGUGGCCACUGCCACCCGCCCGACCUGGGGGGCCUGGAGGCCCUGAGGCAGCGGGAGAAACGCCCGGGUGCGGCUCAGCGGGGGAGCCCAGGAGGCCCUGAUUUCUUGAGGACCCCUCUGGGGGGCAGCUUCCUGGUGUACGAGUCCUUCCUCUACAGGAGGGAGAAGGCGGCCGGGGAGAAGGUGUACUGGACGUGCCGGGACCAGGCCCGCAUGGGCUGCCGCAGCCGGGCCAUCACGCAGGGCCAGCGGGUGAUGGUGAUGCGUAGGCAUUGCCACCCGCCCGACCUGGGGGGCCUGGAGGCCCUGAGGCAGCGGGAGCGGCUCCCCAGCCCGGCCCAGAGGGAAGGCUCAGGAACCCUCCGGCCGCUGGAGUUCCUGAGGACGUCCCUCGGGGGCAGGUUCCUGGUGUACGAGUCCUUCCUCUACAGGAAGGAGAAGGCGGCCGGGGAGAAGGUGUACUGGAUGUGCCGGGACCAGGCCAGGCUGGGCUGCCGCAGCCGGGCCAUCACGCAGGGCCAGCUGGUGACGGUGAUGCGUAGCCACUGCCACCUGCCCGACCUGGCGGGCCUGGAGGCCCUGAGGCAGCGGGAGCGGCUCCCCAGCGUGGCCCAGCAGGAGGACCCAGAGAAGAUGAAACUUCCGCCAGAAGCGCAGCUGUGCGUCCAGCCUGGCUCUCCGGAAAGCCAGCAGAUGUCUGGUGCAUGUGGGGUGCUGGACGGAACGUGGGCCCUGAGACAAGACUCGUCCAAAACAAGGACUGAAAUCACACAAAGUACGUUAUCUGUUCACGGCGGAAUGAAGCCAGAAAGCAGCAACACAAAGAAAGUUGGGGAACUUUUAAGUAUCUGACAGUCAACACACUCCCGAGUGACUUGAAGAUAUCCCGAGGCAAGUGGAAAAUGGUCUGAAGUGAGCGAAAUGGAGACACAGCACACGAAGACACGUGGGCGGUGGUAGAGCAGUGCUUGAAGGGAAACUUGUAGCUGGAAAGACUUACAUUAAGGAAAAAGAAAGAUCUCAGAUCAGCAACUUACACUUCCAUGUCAGGACCCUAGGAAAAGAAAAAUGGAGCAAUCCUAAAGCAGGAGGAGGAUGAGAAAGGACAGAAAUGAAUGAAAUAGAGAAGAGAAAAUGAACGAGACCAAAAGUUGGUUCUUUGAAAG